AUGCCUGUGGUGAGGUUGGUGGUCGUAUCGUUUCCAAGGAAUCAUUUUAAGAUAAACUCAAUUCUCCUGCGCGUCAGUGUGCCUCUCAUCUGGCUCUACCCCCUCUGUUUCACUUUUUUCCUUAUUCCUGCCGUUGGUGUUUGUCGUCAAAUUAGUAGUCCAUAUCCGUUGGGUGCUAUCCAUAUUUAUUAUGCAAAUGCUGCGUUUGGGCACAGAAAUUCAUAUUUCUACCUCUACAACACUAUUGCAUGGCUCACACUUGCUAUUCUGGCCAAUAUUCUUUUAUUCCUGAAAGUUGCAAAGGCCAGAGCGCAACUCAUCAGUUUCCAAAAAAGUGCAGUGUCUUACAAAGCGGAAUUAUCGAUUACAAUUACUACUGUAGUUAUGAUACUUUUCUAUGUUAUCAAUGGAGGUUUUAUAAUAAUGUAUGUCCUGUACUAUGGUACAAGUUCUUAUUUCUCGUUUUUGGUUAUUGUGAAAGCGUUUGCAAACGACGCUCAGACUUGUGUUGUCCCGUGGAUAUUCUAUUUGACUCAUCCGGUAUUCAAGAAGAAAGCAAUCAGUGGCGACUUGGUAUUUUCUACGAGUUCAUUCAAGAGAAGGAUUAAUAAUAGUUGA